AUGGAAUCCGAACAAAAACCAUCAGUUUUAUCUGGAAUUAUAAGAAUGCAGCUUCUGACAGAGAAGCUAGCAAACUUACAAUCAGGCCUGCAGCAGGACAAGAAAUCAAGAGAAGAUGUAAAUAUGUUCAAAAUUCAAAACAUUGAAACAAAAGUCCAGCAAAACAAAACCAAUGAAGACUCACAGUUUGCAGUAUUUUUUAAUUUAGAAUAUAAAAGAAGCCGUCAUAAAAUAUCAAGAAGAGCUUAAUAAUGAAGUGAAGCUUCUUGAUGAAAUAGAUACAAAUAAAUCUAAAGACAUAAGACUUAUUGAAAAUAACUUCAAUAUUGACAUCAAUAUAGAAAAACAAGGAUAUAAAGAAUCUAUUACAAAGCUUGGGAAUACUGAGGAUGAAAAAUUUUUUGAAGUGAAGCUUGAAGUAGCAAGAUCUAAAAAGUCACGUGAAGAUGCUGAUGAAAGUAUAAUGACAGAAUUUGCUCAAUCAAUAGCAAAAAUAAAUAAUUUGGUUGAAGAAGAGUCAAAUUUAAGGGAAGAAGGCUAUAAUAAAUUAUUGCAAAAUAUCGCUGAUGAUAUAGCAAAAUAUUAUAAGGCGGUAGAACAGCAAACAAAAAUUAGAGAAGAAUUGAACGGAGUUUUUAGUAAGAUGGUGGAAAAUUUCCAAGAAAAAGUUAAAGAGGAAAUUAAUAAAGAAAGGCAAGACAGAGAAAAAUCAAUAGAAACGCUAUUAAAGUUGCUAGAAGACACUUGCAAUAGAGUUGAAGGAGUUUUUUCCCAAGUCCCAGAUAAAUAA